AUGGCGAUGGCGGCAGAGCAGCACCAUUCGCCUGCUUGGUUGGGCCACCCUGCCGAUCCGACUCGCAUGAGCAACGGAUACGAACCUGCGACAUCAGGAAUGCUACCGUCGGAAGAUAUCAGCGACAUGUUCUUUCCUCAUUCGCUGGACUCCGGCAGUGGGCACAUGGGGUCGGCCUACUACCCGUCCUCGGCUAGGGCCAUGCACAGUUACAGAUCUGCCCACGUGCCCAGCUCCUCCCAAAUGUGCGCCCCGCACUUCCACAGCCCCUUGCACCCAUGGAUUCCAGACCGGACCAAGUCCAUGGUGCCACAUGCCCACUCAGGCUGGAUGGGCUCAACAUUCGGCCCCAGCAAGUCCCUGGCUCACCCAGGCUCGCAUGCGUCACUUCUGGUUCAUCCCGCCACGUCGUCGGCAAUCGUCACAUCAUCAUCCUUUUCCUUCCCCCCUACACCGCCUAAAGACGUUACCCCGGAGACGAAUAACAACAUCAGUAGUAACAACAACAACAACAACAGUGUGAAUAGUGGUAGUGGCAGUUCCACGAACAACAACAACAAUACGAGUUCUUCUAAUGUAGGUGGUCUUAUGAACAGCGGGGAGGGAUAUAGUCUCGUGGACUACAAGCCUCCUGGUUCAUCCCUCAAACUGGAAUCCUCCAUGACUACCGACGGCAUCCCCUCUUUCUUGGCACCUCAUGGGCACCACGCCACGUCAGGACACACCGCCCACCCGGUGGCCACCUACCCGUCUUACAUGGGUAGCGACCACUACAGCAGUGGUGCGCUGGGGUUCCACACUGGCAGCGUGUUCAAGUCGUCAUCCUCGUCCUCAUCGUUGUCUAACAGACCAAGGGCUAAAACCAGAUCAAGUACGGAAGGUCGUGAGUGUGUCAACUGUGGGGCAACCUCGACGCCGCUGUGGAGGAGGGAUGGCACAGGACACUACCUGUGUAACGCUUGCGGCCUCUACCACAAGAUGAACGGUUCCAACCGGCCGCUGAUCAAACCCAAGCGCAGACUGAGCGCAGCCCGCCGGGCGGGAACCACGUGUGCCAACUGCGGUACCGGCACCACGACUCUGUGGAGGAGAAACCCUAACGGUGACCCAGUUUGUAAC